AUAUACAUAUAGUUGCAAAUAUCCCAGUUUCUUCCACACUAUUGCUUGUCAACCCCAGUAGUGCUACCAAUGGCGUCGGCUUUGUUCCUUUGGCUUUCAUGGCUUGUGCUCUCCCUCCUCUCCAUCUACCUCCUCGAUCUCCUCGCACACUCCCGCCGCCGCCUCCCGCCGGGACCCCGCCCUCUCCCGCUCAUCGGCAGCCUCCACCUGCUCGGCGACCAGCCACACCGCUCGCUCGCCGGCCUCGCCAAGACGUACGGCCCGCUCAUGUCGCUCCGCCUGGGCGCGGUCACCACGGUGGUCGUCUCCUCGCCGGACGUCGCCCGCGAGUUCCUGCAGAAGCACGACGCCGUCUUCGCCACCCGGUCCGCCCCCGACGCCGCCGGUGACCACACAAGGAACUCCGUCCCGUGGCUUCCCCCGGGGCCGCGGUGGCGCGAGCUCCGCAAGAUCAUGGCGACGGAGCUGUUAGCGACGCACCGGCUCGAUGCGCUCCACGAGCUCCGGCAGGAGAAGGUGUCGGAGCUGGUGGACCACGUCGCGAGGCUGGCGCGCGACGGCGCGGCGGUGGACGUCGGCCGCGUGGCGUUCACCACCAGCCUGAACCUCCUCUCGCGCACCAUCUUCUCGCGCGACCUGACCAGCCUCGACGACCGUGGCGCGUCCAAGGAGUUCCAGCAGGUGGUCACGGACAUCAUGGGGGCGGCCGGAAGCCCCAACCUGUCGGACUUCUUCCCGGCGCUCGCCGCCGCCGACCUGCAGGGCUGGCGCCGGCGGCUGGCCGGGCUGUUCGAGCGGCUGCACCGGGUGUUCGACGCAGAGAUCGAGCAUCGCAGGCGUGUCGCCGGAGAGGAGCAUGGGAAGGUGAAGGACGACUUUCUGAGGGUGCUCCUGAGGCUCGCCGCCCGCGACGACGACACGGCGGGGCUCGACGACGACACGCUCCGGUCAGUUUUCACGUUGCAAAUAUCCCAGUUUCUUCCCCAGUACUGCAAUGGCGGCUUUGUUUCUUUGGCUUUCAUGGCUUGUGCUCUCUCCCUCCUCUCCGUCUACCUCCUCGACCUCCUCGCACAAUCCCGCCGCCGCCUCCCGCCGGGACCCCACCCUCUCCCGCUCAUCGGCAGCCUCCACUUGCUCGGCGACCAGCCACACCGCUCGCUCGCCGGCCUCGCCAAGACGUAUGGCCCGCUCAUGUCGCUCCGCCUGGGCGCGGUCACCACGGUGGUCGUCUCCUCGCCGGACGUCGCACGCGAGUUCCUGCAGAAGCACGACGCCGUCUUCGCCACCCGGUCCGCCCCCGACGCCUCCGGUGACCACGCCAGGAACUCCGUCGCCUUGCUGCCCAACUCGCCGCGGUGGCGCGAGCUCCGCAAGAUCAUGGCGACGGAGCUGUUCUCAACGAGCCGGCUCGACGCGCUCCAUGAGCUCCGGCAGGAGAAGGUGGUGGAGCUGGUGGACCACGUCGCGCGGCUGGCGCGCGAGGGCGCGGCGGUGGACGUCGGCCGCGUGGCGUUCACCACGAGCCUGAACCUCCUCUCCCACACCAUCUUCUCACGCGACCUGACCAGCCUCGACGACCAUGGCGCGUCCAAGGAGUUCCAGCAGGUGGUCACGGACAUCAUGGGGGCAGCCGGAAGCCCCAACCUAUCGGACUUCUUCCCGGCGCUCGCCGCCGCCGACCUGCAGGGCUGGCGCCGGCGGCUGGCCGGGCUGUUCGAGCGGCUGCGCCGGGUGUUCGACGCAGAGAUCGAACAUCGCAGGCGUGUCGUCGGAAAGGAGCAUGGGAAGGUGAAGGACGACUUUCUGAGGGUGCUCCUGAGGCUCGCCGCGCGCGAUGACGACACGGCAGGCCUCCACGACGACGCGCUCCAGUCAAUUUUCACGGAUUUGUUUGCUGCUGGAAGUGACACAAGCUCUAGCACUGUAGAAUGGGCGAUGGCAGAAUUGCUUAGAAACCCAUUACCAAUGGCUAAAGCAUGCGAUGAACUGCAACGAGUUAUUGGAUCCACAAGAAGAAUUGAAGAAUCUGAUAUUGGUCGACUGCCCUAUUUGCAAGCUGUCAUCAAAGAAACAUUUCGAUUGCAUCCACCUGUUCCAUUUUUAUUACCACGUCAAGCUACAACAACAAUUCAAAUAUUGGGCUAUACAAUACCUAAAGGUGCAAAAGUGUUUAUAAAUGUCUGGGCUAUGGGUCGAGAUAAAGACAUAUGGCCAGAGGCAGAGAAGUUUAUGCCGGAGAGAUUUCUAGAAAGGGCAACUGACUUUAAAGGUGCGGAUUUUGAGCUCAUUCCAUUCGGAGCUGGAAGACGGAUCUGCCCUGGAUUGCCAUUAGCUGUUAGGAUGGUCCAUGUGGUUCUUGCAUCACUACUAAUUAAUUUCAAGUGGAGACUCCCAGUCAAGGUCGAAAGAGAUGGAGUUAAUAUGACAGAAAAGUUUGGUGUAACUCUAGCAAAAGCCAUUCCUCUAUGUGCUAUGGCCACAUCAACUUGAGUUAGAAGCCAGGCAGCCACUUCACUGGACUGCUCAAAAACAUUGUAUCAGGUAUGACAAUAUUUUGCUGUCCAGUGGUCUCUUUUACCAAUCAUGAUGGAAACGGAUUGUCAGGUUUCUCUGCAGUUGCUUCAGUCCAAGGAGAAGGAUAGGUCUGAUUUGGCAUAUGUUAUCAAUGCAGUCAAGGAUCUUAUGGGCGGUGACAGGGAAAUUCUCUUUAGUAAAGUCUGUCGUAGUCAAAACCGGGUUAGCCAAUGUUUAGCGAAUAAAGCUCGGUGUGAAUCUCUGUCAGGCCUGUGGCCGGAUAAUAGUUGUAAUUUCAUUUCAUGGUUAGCGAAUAAAGCUCGGUGUGAGUCUCUGUCAGGCCUGUGUUUGAGUAAUAUAGAUCCUUUUCCCCGAAAAAAAAAUGUAUGGCAAUAUUAGAUGAUUAAUGUGGAAUAUUGUAAUAAAUCAUUACGUGUAUUUGUGGGGAUAUAUUGUUCCAAUAGGAUAAAUAAGCUGAGAUUUGGAUAUUUA